CAGCUGUGUUUGUCUCCACGCCGCCCAUAUUUUCCUGCGUUUUUUCUCUUUCGUCCUGAAAGUACAGCGUGACCGACGUUUCGUGUCUUUCACAGACUUAAAAAUGCGUUACGUGGCCGCUUACCUCUUGGCUGUACUGGGUGGCAACAACAGCCCCUCCGCCAAGGAUAUCAAAAACAUCCUGGGCAGUGUGGGAAUCGAGGCCGAUGAUGAACGUCUCAAUAAGGUCAUCAGGGAAUUAAAUGGCAAAGACAUCAAUGAAGUCAUGAAUUCUGGUCUUGCUAAGUUAGCCUCCGUGCCAGCGGGUGGUGGUGCUGCUGCUGUAGCAGCUUCUGCUGCUGCUUCAAGCGGUGGGGCUCCUGCGGCUGGCGGAGCACCUGCAGCGGAAGAGAAAAAGGAAGAGAAGAAAGAGGAAUCUGAGGAGUCCGAUGAAGACAUGGGCUUUGGCCUCUUUGAUUAAGCUUGCUGCUUUUUCUAAAAACAAAAUAAAAAUGUAAAAUAUU